GUUAUUAUAGUCAACUCUGGUAACUCGCCCUUAGAUUGAUAUUCUUCAAUUAAAAAAGACCUAAAAAGUAGUUCAAGGCGGUAAAAUCAUGUUACUUGUCUGCUAGAAGUAUUUCUUAACGAAAGCACUGUGUAACAGAAAUCCCGAUCUCUUGAAAUCCCCUGGAUGUGUGCAACAAGGAAAAUACGUACAUAAUGAGUGUGUUUGGUUACCUUCAGAAGAGGGCUACGGAGGCCACUCACACGAGGAAGGACUCACUACAUUUGUCACCCCGCUACACCGUAAUGUUCUUUCACGGGUCUGUCAACUCAUCUCUUUCUUUUUCGUCAUUCAUUCCAUCCAUCCAUUCCUUUUUGUUUCGAUGGAUGUGGUGGGCGUUGUUAUUAUUCAUGUUUGAUUUUCAUGGCUUAAUCACAGCUCUACAAAGCACUAGGAUUAUUAUUUACUAUCUCCGAAGAAUUGAAAGCUCAUAAAAAGUUGAGGCCAAGAAAUCAAGUUCCAUUCGAUGUAGGAAGCAAGAACUUCAUAUCAACCUUCAAGGCAAAGAGGAAUUAACAGCGAAUUGAAACAAUACGGACUUCGAUCAAGGUUGAGUCCAGCGAGAAGCUUCUCUUCAAUUUGACUUGUUGAAUGAAUGCAACUGGAUAUAAGUGGUAUAUUAGGAAAGGAAAUGAAAAUAAAUAAAUAAAUGAAAUGAAAUGAAUACCAUUAGAGAAAGGAAAAAAAGAACUAAAAUCAAAAAACGUAAACACACAUACGCAUACACACAACCACAUAUAUACACAAUGAGAUACUGAUUAUAACAAUAUGUACAGGAGAGAGAGAGAGAGAGAGAGAGAGAGAGAGAGAGAGAAGGACGAUUACACUGAGAAAAGGAGAUACAAAAGGGGGGAAAAGUCGAAGAAAUAGAAAUGUAUAACAAAGAAUAGAAUUGAGGAAAAGGGAGAAUGGAUCAAAGGAAUGAAAGAAAAAGAAACAAUAAAUGAAGGAAGAAAUUAUAAUGACAAUAAGACAGGCACACACAAGAUAGAAUAGAAUAGAAUAGAAUAGAUAGAUAUGGAUAGACAGAUAGUGGUGAUGAUGGUAAAGGAAGAAGCAGGGAAAUAAAAGACAAGUUACAGAGUCGCUUGAUUGAAACAGAUCAGAUGAAAAGAAAGACUGACAUAAGUAAAUGGACUUUAAGAAAGAGAACAGCUGAAUGAAAAUUUUGAGGAUUGGAUCAUGAUAGUAAAACAGGAAUCAUUGAAGCUUAGGUCUCCGAAAUGUAGGAGGGAAAAAUUUAGUGAAGUGAGAAAUGAAAAUGAGACGAGAAAGAAAGAAUAAGAGAAAGAGAAAUGAGAGUGAAAGAAGAAAACAGCACAAGUCAAUAAAAGAGGAAGAAAAAAGAAAAAAACUAAAUGGGACACGAAAAUUGAAAAACAAAACUGAGAGACCCAGUAUUGAAAGUAGAAACAAGAGAAGCAGCGAAACAUUAGAUUUUAAAAAAUGAAAUGAAAUAACUGCCAGCGAAGUAAGUAAUGAGCGAAUGGAAAUGAGAAGGCAGGGGAAACAAAGGGGAGGAAGUAAUUGGGAAGAGAAAGAAAGAUAGAAAUACUGAUAGAGAGGGAGUAAUGAAAGAGAGCAAGGGAAAUGAUGAUAAAAAGUGAUAACGAGUGAAUAGGAGAAUAAAGUAGAGAGAGAGAGAGAGAGAGUGAGAGGCAGACAGCCAGAAUGGCCGAAAAGAGACGUAUGUUAGAGAAAGAGAAAGAAAAACCAGAGAAAUGAGAGUAAGUUAAAGAGAGAAAAGAAGAUAAAUUAAAGAGGGGAUACACCUAAAGAGAAAUAUGAACAUGAGAGACAAAAAGGAAAGAAGAAUGAAAGAAGAAUUACAGAACACAAUAGAAAAGAGCGCUUCAAUUACGAAGAAAAAGAAUAAGAUUAAUAGAGAAGUUGGAGGGAAAGAACAACAAAGAGGGCCAGAAAGAGAGAGAGUAAAAUACAUUUAAAAAAAAAUCAAUCAGCUUUAAGAUAGGAAAGAUGAUUAGUGAUAGAAGUGAUGAAUAAAGAAACAAAGUGUGAGACGGAUCAAAAUGUGAGGAGUGUAUAUGUAUCCACAACCUACGACCCACCCGUAGUAAGAUUGAACAGCCUCUGCAAUUUAGUCAUAAGAGAACCAAUACUCUUCACUUAACUUUCGUUUUCUAACUAUCUCUCUUUUUAUGUUUGUGGGUGAGGAGAGAGAGAGAAAGAAAGAAAGUGAGAGAGAGAGCUUCAUAUUCUUUACUGUCUCCCCCACUCCCCCAAAAAAGAGAAAACAAAAAUUAAAAAUAUAUCGAGAGAAAGGAAAGAGUUAGAUAGUCUUCAAAAUUUAAGAAUGCACUAUUAUUAUUGUUGCAAUUAUUGAAAGAGAUGUCAAUAUCAAAACAAAAAUCACACCAAAAUAAUAACAUCAGUGUUGAUAGCUAAACUAUAACAUCAAUAACUACAAUAAUAACAACGAAAUGCCAACUAGCUAAAGAGAGAGAGAGAGAAGGGGCUGUUGAGUGUGAGGGAGGCUGGGUGAGUGAGAGAGCAACUGAAUGAUUGAGUAAAAGAGAGAGAGAGAUAGAUAAAUCGUAUAGAGUAGUUAACUCGAACAUAUACGAAGAACAGACUCUAACGGCUGGCUUGAUUUGCAAUGGUUCCUGUUGAUGUUGUUGCUGUUGUAGUGGUUUCUCUUUCUUUUUCUUCGCCGUCGUAUACAUCGUCAUCGCUGAAGGAUUACUCUAUUGGAUGAUAUGAAUUCUUUGGCAGAUGGCUGGAGACGGCUAGCGUUAAUAAAAAGGAAAGAGAAUUCAAUGGAAAAGCAACAAAGAUCUGGUUAAUCAUAAUAUUUUCAUGGAGUCAUCUAGAUGCGAACUGAAGUGGAACUGCAUUCACAUAUGCCCAUUGUAUCUUUAUUAUUCAAGAAGAAAGCUGAAAAAGGAAAUUGCCAGAUAGAUUAUAAUGCUUUACGGUUUUGUCGUGUGAAAAUGUCUGCAAUGUAGGUGCUACCUUGAUGAUUAUGGAACAUUCAAUUGACAUGGAAUCGGAAAAUUGUAAUGGCUAUCAAGAACUUAAUGAAAUUGUGUUAAAUGAUACCAGUGUAGAAGAAAAAAGCAAUGUCCCAGUCAGUGAAUUAGUAAAUAAUGGGGAUGCUGGUACCAAUAUAUCUGCUGGGAGAGUGUUGUUGGCUGAAGAUUCCACAGACAUUGGCGAUACCUCAAGAGUUUCAACACCUGCAGUCUCCACACAAGAUCCUGACCAAACAGAUGCUGCCAGUGUCUACUCUUUAUUUAUGGAAAGAGAUGCACGUUAUUUUUUCCAACAUCCCUACAGUCGGUUGGCUGUUGCAUACCUGGUGGUCAUUGCUAACUUUCUUGUUUAUGCUGAGGAUCCAGUUGCUCACAGUGUCAAAGAGAGUCAUGUGCCAGUUAUAGGAAAUGAUUUUUCAUUUCUCUUCACAAAAUAUCCAAGGAACAGGUUGACAAAGCUCAAGUUUAUUUUAUGGAUGUGUGGGAUCAUUUCCGGACUUGUUCUGGGAAAACUUUUAUUUCAUGAAAUGUUAUUUAAACGCUAUUUUAAACUGAAGAUGUUUCAAAAGUCACAUGGUUCUUGGAUGACUAUGUUUAUGACAGUAUUAGUGUGUUUGCUUAUCUUUUCCUACAUUUACAAUGGUUGCCUUUACAUUGCUGGAGAGGAGGCCCAAGAAUAUAUCAUCACAACAGCAAUGGGUAUUACCAACGGCUUCUUUAUGAAAGGAGCUGCCUGUGGGACCUGGUGUGGUGACUUCUUCACUGCUUGGAUGGUAACAGACAUUAUGUUACAGGAGAAACUCUACCCACACUGGGCCCACAACAUCAGGAAAUGGUGGAAAGAAGGCUUUCAUCGCAUUGUACUAUUUUGGACAUCAAUGAGUGCUACUACAUUCAUAGUUGUGUUUAUUAUAGCUACAGAUUACAUCAACUGGGAUCGUCUGAACCAUGGAUUUCUUCCAUCAAAUGAACUCACUCGAUCCUUUGGUGCUUCUUUUAUUUUAGUUAUGGAUAUUAUCAUUGUUACACAGGACUGGGAUUUUCCCCACUUCAUAAAUAACUUGGAAAUCAAACUUCCUGGAAUGAAUCGGCCUGAGUUUAGAUUCUAUGCUCCCAAAUUCAUAAGUGAAAAUUGGCACAUCCAUAUCACUGGCAAAUGGUUCAACUAUGGAAUUCUCUUUUGUGUUAUCAUACUUGAUUUGAAUAUGUGGAAAAAUCAACUGUUUUACAAGCCGUAUGACUAUGGUCAAUAUGUUGGUGCUGAUAACCGUAUCUACACAGUACUCUCUACAGAACAGCUUGGUAUCCACAAUGAAUCAAUGGUAUCAUUUGAAUGGCGAAACAGCACAAUAAACCCGGAAACUAAUAAGACUUUUGUGAUGGAGGAUCCCGUCAUGAAUUCAAGAUUUAUGAAUUACUCUAUGGCAACCAAGAGUAUUGCUUUUAUUCCAUGCCUCUUGGCUUUUGUGGCACUUGGUGUGACUGUCAGUGUUUUUGGGCGCUUCAAACCUACCAAAGAAGAUCCUUAUGCUGGAAGAUUGAAAAAAAGAAAACGGAAGCGUUUCUCAUUUUUCAGAAAAAGCAAAAGAACUUCACCAGAAUCAGAUACAACAUUUGUGAAAAGUGAUUGGUGUGAUACUAGAGGUAUAGAAAAACAAUAAAAUUUUAAACAGGUAAUUUACAAUUUAUCAAUCAGCAUUGAUUUAGACUCUUUUAAUUCAAUUAAUUAAACAAAAUUAUGAAUCUUUUUCAAGAGAUAACAACUUUUCAAAAUCUAAUAGUCGUUUCACAACAGUUUUUGAGACUACUUUAAAUAUUUACUUUAGUGUAGAUUAAUCAACUUAAAAAAUAUACAAGGGCGAGCCAAAAAGUAAUGCAAUUUGUUUUAUUAUAUAAAAAGCAAGGAACACAAAUAUAUCACACAUCAAAAUAUAGCUAUACAUCACAAGUUUACGUCCCUACUUCUCAACAUAGUUACCACCUCUUUCAAUGGCAGUAUUCCACCUAUGAAUGAGGGCAUGUAUUGCAGCUUUAUAAUAUUCAGCUGGCUGCUGACAUAGCCAAUUCCUUACAGCAGUUUUCACUUCUACACUCCAUCAAUUGUCUUUUUGAUUCUGGUUCAUAAUGAUGAAUCCAAGUUUCAUUACCAGUUAUGAGCCUUUGAAAGAAGGUUUUGUCUCUUUCACUGAGUUCAAGAAGUUCAGUGCAAUGUUUAACCCUUUCAAUCCUGUGCUCAUUUGUCAAUUGUUUUGGUACCCAGCAGGCACACACUUUUGAAUAUCCAAGUGACUCGAUAAUGUUGAGUACUAUUAUGGCUAACUCCAAGCUUUGAGGCCAGCUCAUCAAUGCUUAUGUGCCUAUCAGUUCUAAUUAAAGCAUCUGCUUUUUCUUUGUUGGCAGGGUUGACAGAAGUUGACAUGCAGCCACAAGACGUAUCUGCUAAGCAUGAAUUUCCCAAUUCUUUUGGUCUGUUGAAUUCUCAUUCAGAUGGUGAGCCCAUCUCCACAGAUUGCUGUAGUCUAAAGCUCUAUGUUUUUAAACAUUUUUCACUUCCUUUGGCAUCAAAGAACUCAAUUACCGUUCUUUCCUUCUGAUGGACUUCCAGCAGGGCAGCCAUUCCAAUAUCAGCUUAUUUAUUUAUAUAUCUGGAAAAAAAAAAAAAAUUAGAUAAUUAAAUAUCAAGAGUAUAUGUGCCUUUAUAGCUGUACCAAAUAUCAAAUAAAUGCAUUGAAAAAUGCACCUCUUAUGAUAAAAAUUGCAUUACUUUUUGACUCAACAUUAUAUCUUGAUUCUGUAAUUCCAACCCUUCAAAACUGAUUGUAAUUUAGCAAUAGUCUUAAAUAAUUAUAAUAUGUAAUUAAUUUCACGAAGAUUUUAUUUAUUUAGCAUAACAGAUUAUCUUGAUUGCAGCGUUGCUAAAUUUCUGAGACCCUUAAUAGUCAAUAAAUUUAGUAUUUUACUAUUCAAUAAAUUCUUACUAUAGUGAAUGGAUAAAAUUUUUUGUAACUCAGUGCUAUUCAGAGUGAUCCUGCUUACUGUAAGUGUACCUCUUGGCACCUCACAAUACUUCAAACACUCUCUAAGGAAUAAAUCAUUAACAAAAAAAUUAUAAACAUUGACCUAACCAAACCAAUGAGAGUGCCUUUAUGUAGUCACUUCAUAUAAAUAUUAGCCAAAUCUACAUAUUACACUUUGCCAUCUUUAGGAAAGAAAGGACACAUUAGAUAGUGAUACAUAUAUGACAUAUAUCCCAUUUUCCUAAGAAGAUGGGAUGGCCAUGGUUAGAAUACCCUUGUUCAGGGGUCUGAUCAGGCUAACAGGGACAAAACAAUAACAAAUUAACAUACUUGCUUAGAAGUAUUUGUUUUCACAUAAGGCAUUAAUAUGAGUGCCAGAAGUCUCAUGACCCAUUAGUUUGGUCUUCAUAUACUGUGUAACUUUCUCUCUCAUGGUUGCAUUGUGAAUUCUUAACCACACAGCCUUAUCUCUCUGUGUCCAGAAAGAUAAGUAAAAUGAUUAAAUAAGGCAUAGACAUGGCUAUGAAUUUGAUGUCUACUGAUUUCUUGUAUCAGUGGUUACAACACUUAAUUUGCAUAUAAAUAUUCACAAAGUAAAGAGUGGUAACCACCAAAAUGUUACUUAUAAGAGUUUGAUUUUCAGUUCUCUGAUAUAUUAACAGCAUAUAUACAUAUCACUUCUAAAGCCAGAAUUAAGCCCUGCUUUUAUGAACUCUGUGUCAUGUAUGUGAAUAUAUAAUUUUCUCUCCAUCAUAUGGAUCAUAUUUAAGUAUGUGCACUUUUUACCUAGCUAAAUAUGUAUCUGUAAGCAUGAGAGUGUGUGAUGUAUGAUUGUGUUUCUGUGUGUAUAGAAAUGCAUAUACAUAAAAAUUCUGAUCAAUAUGAUGAGAAAAUUAUCAUAUUGACAUGCAUGUAUGUGUGUGUACAUCAUCAUCAUCGUUUAACGUCUGUCUUCCAUGCAUGCAUGGGUAGGACGAUUGACAGGAACCAGCUAGGUAUAAAAACUACCCUAGGCUACUGUGUCUAUUUUGGCAGAGAUUUUACGGCUGGAUGCCCUUCCUAGCAUCAACCACUCUGCAGAGUGGACUCAGUGCUUUUUACGUGGCACUACCACAGGCAAAGUUAGUGUCAGCAUGAUUUUUACAGCUGGAUGCUUUUAACAUGGCACCAGCACUGGCAGGGUAACCAAGUAACUCACAAGACAAGGAAUUAUGAGAGGGGCAGGGUAUUUGAGGAGGGGAACUUGUGUCAGAGGAUGAAAGGCUAGAGUGUGACAAAGAGACAGAGAGACAGAAGCAGGUGUCUCGCCACAACAGAGGUGGGCAUUAGAAGAGGUGAUCCAAUAUCAGAUAAUGAUAGGUUAGAGUGUAACAGAGAAAUAGCAAGGCAGAAAUAGGUGUCCUGCUAUAGAGGAGGUACAUGGUUAUGCAGUGAGAGAGAGGUACAAGAAAGAGGCCAGAAACAAGUGUGCUGAUGUAAAGGAGACACAGUCAGUGUCCAUGUCUCACUACUAUGUAACAUAGCCAUUCUCACACAAGCAUCAUACAAUCUAUCUUUCACUCUGAGAGAGAGUCAUUUUGCUGCCAAUAGAGGUAGCAGUUCUCUAAACUUCCUCCAUUUUAUUCUUGUUCUAGAAACACUACUUUCAGAGAAUCCACCAUUGUUACUAAUUUGGUCACCUAAAUAGCAGAAACUAUCUACUACCUCAAGAAAGCUUCCUGGGUAUUUGAGAGAGUUUAAGUCCCUCAUGCUCUUAGUACUUACUGUUCCUGAACAUCUGCCACACACGAAAGCAACCUAUAUCUGAUAACCUUCCUAUGAGUCCACUGUUUCUUUUAUGUGUCUAUAGCUUACACUUGGUGCAGCAAAUGGAGUUACAUCCCACGCCUUUCCUACAUAUUGAACAGGGCCAUUUAUCAGCUGGAAUGAGAGAGUUAUCUCCUUUUGCACUAACAAUUUUAGUCUUAGCUAAGUUAACAUUAAAGCCCUUUGGUUCCAGGUUUUGCUUCCAAACCUGGAACUUCUUUUCCAAUUCUGCUUCAGAGUUUGCAAUAAGAGCAAGAUCAUCUACAUAUAGUAGUUUCCAUGGGCAUCCAGUUUUGAAUUCAUCUGUUAUGGCCUGGAGAACUCUGAUGAAUAAGAAUGGAAUAAGAACUGAACGCUGGUGUAUUCUAACUUGUAUGUUGAAUUCAUCACUGUUUUCAAGGCCAACUCUCACCUUACUGCUAGAGGGUUCUGGUUGAUCUGGGUGAGGUGAUGUGAACUCCUUCCCCUCUCUGGUAAAUUGCUCAAUCACUCUAUUAACUGUAGAAAGCAGGAUCCCAAGGUUUUCUGCGAUUUUAUGCUGCCUUCAGAAUGACACACAAUAUGGUCUCUUUGAAAUUCAGACAGUUCCAAGGCUUCUUUUGUACAUGGCAUGAUUAAACAAUCACAUAUAGAACCUGAAACAUAAAAAUGUCAAUUAAUAAAAAAUAUAAACGUUUACAAGUUAGAAUAAACAUAAAACGAUGUUUUAUGGGGUGACUGUUUACUUAUCAUGUCUGUG